GGGCGGCAGGCGGCGGGCAGCGUCUCCGCCGGCAUCUGCGCGGCCGCCUCUGCCCGGAGCCGGGGGACUGAGCGCCGGACCCUCCGCCUUUGGCGCACGGACGCGCGGCUCCCGCUUUGUGUUCUGUGCCGGUUCGGCGAGGCUUCCCGGCAGCUGCAGCCACAGCGCCCCGGCGGCCUCGCAGGCCCGCGGCUGGUGGUGCCGGAGCCGCUCGGUCCGCGCGGUUGAGCCCCGCGUGCCCCGCUGCUCGCUGGGCUGCUCCGAGCCGCGGUGCUCCGGGGCUCCAAACUCAGGCUGGCGGGGCAAGUGUCUUCAUGAACCCAGAGGAUGUCCGGGAAGCACUACAAGGGUCCUGAAGUCAGUUGUUGCAUCAAAUACUUCAUUUUUGGCUUCAAUGUCAUAUUUUGGUUUUUGGGAAUAACAUUUCUUGGCAUUGGACUGUGGGCGUGGAAUGAAAAAGGCGUCCUCUCCAACAUCUCGUCCAUCACUGACCUCGGUGGCUUUGACCCAGUCUGGCUUUUCCUCGUGGUAGGAGGAGUGAUGUUCAUUCUGGGGUUUGCUGGGUGCAUCGGAGCGCUUCGGGAGAACACCUUCCUUCUCAAGUUUUUUUCUGUGUUCCUGGGGAUCAUUUUCUUCCUGGAGCUCACUGCUGGGGUGUUGGCAUUCGUUUUCAAAGACUGGAUCAAAGACCAGCUGUAUUUCUUUAUUAACAACAAUAUCAGAGCCUACAGGGAUGACAUCGAUCUGCAGAACCUCAUAGACUUUACCCAGGAAUACUGGCAGUGCUGUGGGGCUUUUGGAGCUGAUGAUUGGAACCUAAAUAUUUACUUCAAUUGCACAGAUUCCAACGCAAGCCGAGAGCGGUGCGGUGUGCCAUUUUCCUGCUGCACUAAAGACCCCGCGGAAGAUGUCAUCAACACUCAAUGUGGCUAUGAUGCCAGGCAAAAACCAGAAGUGGACCAACAGAUUGUAAUCUACACAAAAGGCUGUGUGCCCCAGUUUGAGAAGUGGCUGCAAGAUAAUUUAACCAUCGUCGCUGGUAUUUUCAUAGGCAUUGCAUUGCUACAGAUUUUUGGGAUCUGCCUGGCACAGAAUUUGGUGAGUGACAUCGAAGCUGUCAGGGCUAGCUGGUAGAACCCUGCGAACACUGCUGCAAGACACUGGACUGACCCCCUCUCUAACUGACUCUCCAUGUGCUGGCCGGUGGCGGGCUGCGGAGACCCCCCGGUCACAGGCCUGCAGUCCCACCUUACGGAGCUGCCAAGAACUUACUUUCUGUGUGAGUAAAAGUGGGACGUGCUGCUCACUGAUGGAACUCUUAGAAAGAAAACCAAGACAGUGUGAACAUCACCAAGUCUGCACUGUGAAGCUCUACUGUAGCCAUGAAGUGAUGGCCAGAUGGAAACUACCAGAAAGGGAA